UUCAAAAACCAUGGAAACGUUUACCAUUGAUUUAAUGUCAAAAUCACCAACGCAACGAAACACUGCCAAGCAACAAUAACUCGAGUACAAUAAUAACUUAGAUAUUUUUGGGAGAGGGUUCUGAAAAAACAUUAAAAUGGCGUGCAACGAAAACGUUAUAAAGAACAUGGCCAAUGAAAUAACUAGGGACUGUCAGGCCAAUAAUGUGUCGGUUGACCCCGAGUUUGUGAUCUACUUGAUAGACUUGUUCCUACUAAACCCCAAGUAUGGGAAGCUAUUCGCGAAGACUAUCAACAGGAACAAUUUGGCGUAUUUUGUUGAUGAGUGCGUCGGUAUGCUGACGAGUGAUGGGACUGCAUUAAAUACUUUAAAAAUGCAGUUCAUUUUACAAACAAACUACGAUAAACUGGAAAUAUUGAUUGAGAAGCAUUUAGACCACAUCAACAAGUGCUUGGCUCCCCUAGUCGACGAGAUUUUGGACAUGGACCCUGACCCUAAUAAUGAGGCUGAGUACCACAAGCUGUUUCGAAAGAUGUCUAUAUAUUUCGUCCUGGCGAGUGGAUUGGGAAAUCCUAGCUAUAUUGUUACGUUGAAAGAAGGUAUGGCGGCUUUAGAGAGUGUCUUCGGUAUGGAAGACCUGAAGGCAUUUGUGGCAUUGCCUCGUAGUGACAAGAGUGUCCAGCUGGAAGUACUCUUGGGCUACACGUCUGGAGUUAGACUCUUCAACAGGGACUGCGGUAAGGGAGGUGAAGGAAUACCAGAUUUGCCUCUAAACUUGGUCGACGCGGGUAAGGCUUGCAUGUCGCUGCUAUCAAAUUCCCUAAUAACAGUGAUGCAGAGAGUGAACAAACUCACGACCGCCAUAGAAGACGCCAUCGCGAUACAGGAGGAAACUGGCAAUAUUAUAGUAGACCUAACUAUGGACGAUCACAGUGAACUAACUAAAGAGGAUUACAAAGAAGUGUUUGAAUUGCUUGCAUUCAACCGUCAGUACGAAGUAUUUAUUCGCAAGUUAUUGGCUGAUGUGGAGUAUAUGACGCACAAGGGGUCUACAUAUGUGGAAAGGACGAAGGCAGUGCUCCAAGAGUUGCAUGCUGCGGUCAAAUAUAAAGCGGCUGUGCCAGUGCAGAAUGUGUUUCCACUGUUCACAAAGUUGUGGGAGGUUUGGCGAGCAAUGCAGAACGUGAUGUACCUAGUAUCGACCGUGAACCGACUGAUGGGGAUCAUGGGAGACAUCCAAGAUAAGAUCAAGAUGCCCGUCAAAGUUGUCAGCAAAAUGCUCCAAGGGAAGACCGUUAAUACUGACCACUGUAGACUCAACAACCCGCCGAGCACAGGAGACAGGUUAUCACUGGCCUCGUUACACAACUACGUCAGCUACUCAAGCAGCUCAGAGCUCUCCGGGACCAAGCAAGCAGAGUUCUUAGGAUUUUGCGCGCUAUGUCUGGUUGUCGGUGCUCUGGUGCCAAGCAACGUAAAAAUAGGUCUCAUCAAGUCCAAGGGCGGCUACUACGGUUUCUGCAGUGUUAAAAUGGCUUCCCGGUUUAGUAAGGAUCCUGAGAGGUACAUAAACGAAGUCCUGCACUACGCCCGCAACAACCCGCACCUCAUUAACUUGCUGAACAUUGUAGAGAACGUGUUCAACGUGAAGGACAUCGUUGAUCUUGUUGUGCUUCGAGUACCGAAGAUAAAAGUAUUCGAGAAGGAUAUCCAGACGGAACUACAUCCAGUACCGACGUACAAAGACAAGCACUACAGUUGGGACCUUUGGGAGUGGAAGAGGAGAGCUUGCCAAUGGGCCACGAUAGUAAACUGUAAGACGCAUUCAACGCAAACGAAAUACAGCCACCUUCGUUCAGACAUACAAUGUCAGACGGUGGAGCCGAGAGACAAGAGUUUGCAGACCCACAAGGACACUGGGAUGAACACCGUCAACAGCCAGUACUUCAUAUGGGGUCUUAGGGGGCAGCGGGGCUAUGGGCAACAUGUCAUGGAAUUGAAGGUUCAACACUCUAUGGAGGCUCUUAAACCUAAAACAGUAACGACGUGCACUUGGCCGUGCCUAAAUCCGGCAGAGGACAGUGUGGUUGAGUCCGUAAGCGAGGAGAAAACUUUUUACUUCCCGGACGAGUACGAGGAAUCGGACUAAUUUAUUUAUUCAUAAUUAUACAUAUUUUUAUCUUUUUAUAAUGGCGAUUGGUUACAUUCGUUCACCUUUCAUAAGAUUUUUUUUAUCUAAAUAUAAUUAGAAUAGCUAGUUGGUCGUUGCGCAGGUUGCUCAUGAUUAUGAGCUCCAGUCGUAGCUUGAAACUAGUCGAGAACUCUCAAGUAAACUAUACGAAAUUUUGUUUGUUGGAGUUUUAUCAAAAGUUGCAUCGAGAUUAGCUCAUCAGUUUAAGAGCUACAAUACCAAACCAGAGACAAAA